AUGGCUCGUCUCUUGUUUCUCGUAGCGAUUCUGGCGGCUGCCAUGCUGAGGGCGUCGUCGGACACGCACACGGACUGCGGGAUAGCGCAGACGGCGUUCGGUGAAUGCGUGCCGUACGUGACCGGAAAAGACCCGUCGCUCUCGGACCAGUGUUGCAGCGGCGUCAAGAGCAUCAAGGAGCUGACACCCACGGUGGAGGACCGCCGGGCGAUCUGUGCAUGCCUCGUCCAAGAACUCAAAGAUGCCGGAGGUUCUGUCGACUCGUCAAAGGCCAAAGGCCUUGCGGGGGGUUGUGGCGUCUCCACCAACGUCAUCCCCACCAGCCUCAGCUUUGACUGCUCCAAGAUUGCAUGA